UCCAUAGCGCGGCAAAACAAAAAUGGCUGCAGACAGACAAUGUUUUUAAAACAGCAGUUUGUCAUUACGAACUGUAUGAACAAUGAAUACCAGGAGAGGAAAUGAUCCUGAAACAAUAACUUUGUUACUUCAAAAACUAUGCCUGAAAGUAACAGGAUUAUCAGAUGAAGCUGUUAGACCUCUUCUUCAGCAUUCUCUCAGAAUUAUUACAAGUAAUUAUGAAUCAACUGUUGAUCAUGAUGAAUUUCAAGUGGCUGAGAAGAUCAAAAGACGACUUGUCAGAAAAGGAAAAGAAAAGGAUGCAGUUGUGUUUCUUGAACUCCAUCGUAAACUUCAGGCUCAGGGUGUGAUAAAGAAUAGAUGGGCUGUCCUGUACCUUCUGAUGUCAUUGAGUGACAGCUCUGUCAAGACCAGCAGAGACAGGCAAGUUGGACUUAGUAGCACCCUUUUUGCUGGGAAUCUAGCGGGGCAUGCUACGUCAACCCCGUUUCACCCAGCGGCAAGAGGGCAUGCUGGGAAUGGUGACAUCACGAGUCUCCAUAGUAACACCACACUCCAGUCGGGUCACACCUCGGGAAGUAGUGGCAUCAGCAGUAUCCAUGGUGAAAUUCAUAGCCAUGACCCAACUCCUAUACCACAUUCAUACAUGCCAUUACCUUCACAUACAGGCAUGGAUUCUUAUCGUGACAGCACUAGUGUAGGUCUGCGUUUAGCUUCCACCUUGUCAAGUGACAGAGGUUCCUCAACAGCUGUGGUUCCACAUCGAGGCCGGACGUCAAAGAAGACCACUAUAACUGUUCACAAAAAUGAUCAAUCAUCAGAAGAGCUGCCAGAAGCUGUGAUAAUAAGGGACCUGGUGUAUGCUUUUCAGGGAAUAGAGGGCAGAUGGAUUAGAUUUGAUCCCACAAAGGAAGGCUACAGAAUUAAUCACCAGGCAGGUAUUCCUAAGGCUAUCAGACAACUGGUCAGCAAGCUAGCUGAGUGUGGGUGGCUGUUCAACAAAACAAAGACAUAUGUGGAAAACAAAAGUGCUGACAAGACAUUUGGCUUGGUGGGAAAAAGUUUUUGUGCUGCCUUGCAUGAAGAAUUGACAGAAUAUUACAGACUUAUUGCAGUGUUGGAAGGACAGAUACUGAGUGAGGGGGAUAGGAGUGAUGGGCAUGGUCUGUCCCUGAGACAGCUUGUGCUGUGGACGUUUGAUCCCCUACAGCGCCUGAAGUGCUUGGCCACCAUUGUUGAUGUGUGUCGAGGGAAGAAGGGAGGGGCGCUAGCCUCAGCCCUGUAUUCCUAUAUGCAGCAUGGUGACCCGUUUGUGCAGUCUCUGAUUCAACACAUACUGAACAUGGUAGCACAGCCGAUCUACAUUGGACUGGUCAGCUGGAUGUACGACGGGGAGCUGGAGGACAUGCAUGACGAGUUCUUUGUGGCCUCGGAUCCGACUGUGAAGAACGACAGGCUGUGGCACGAUAAAUACAGUCUCCGUAAAUCCAUGAUACCCAACUUUAUAACCAGGGAACAAGCUAACAGGAUACUGCUGACCGGCAAGUCCAUCAAUUACUUGAGACAAGUUUGUCAAGACCGCACACCAACCAAAGGGAGACAAGUCAUCACCCACAUGGACUCUAGUCAAGCUGAUGUGAUGUUUCGUCAGGACACCACCAGUGAGUUCCAGCACAUGGUGGACCGAGUGUACAAAGAGACAAGUCGCCACCUGCUGGACGUCCUCAACACCAAGUACAAGUUCCUGGAGCACUUGAAGGCAAUGAGGAGGUACUUGUUGCUAGGACAAGGAGACUUUAUACGACACCUCAUGGAUUUAUUGCUAGAUGAUCUUGCCAAGCCGGCCAGUAACCUGUACCUCCACAACCUGACUGGGAUACUGGAAACUGCCAUCAGAGCCACCAAUGCUCAGUUUGAUGACUCGGACAUACUGAAGAGACUGGAUGUCAGGCUACUAGAGGUCUCUCCAGGAGACAAAGGAUGGGAUGUGUUCAGUUUGGAAUACCAUGUGGACGGACCAAUCAGAACAGUAUUUACUCCCCAAUGUAUGAUGUCAUUGCUGAGAAUUUUCAACUUUCUGUGGCGUGCCAAGAGAAUGGAAUACAUCCUGGCAAUUGUGUGGAAAAAUCAAAUGUCCAAUUCCAGAGGCCUGCGUGGCAUUCCUGAAUUGUCUGGUAUCCUUCAUCAGUGUCAUGUUCUGGCCAGUGAAAUGGUUCACUUUAUUCAACAAGUGCAAUAUUACAUCAAUUUUGAGGUUUUAGAGUGUUCCUGGGAUGAACUGCUGACCAAAGUGAAAGAAGCCGAGGACUUUGACAAUGUAAUAGCUGCACAUCAAGUCUUCCUCAAUACUGUAAUUAGCAGGUGUCUCUUGGAUGAGCAGUCCAGGGACAUUUUGACCCAGCUGAGGACAAUUUUUGACCUCAUCAUUGACUUCCAGACGGCUCAAAGUGAGUUUUACGAGGAAGCUAACGAUGAAUUACAAGCUCGACAACACUAUGAAAAACUACAACAAAUGAGGAGUCAGAAGGGAGACUGGGCUUUAACAGCAGAAUAUGAAGAAGAGGAACACAUAAGGAGAGUGGAAUUUCUGAAGAACAUUAUACCCUCCAAGAGAGCUCGAUUCAAAGUCCUGUCUCAGUCAUAUCAAGAUAUGGUCAAACAGUUCUUGGUGAUGCUGACUUAUCACAAGGAUGUGAGCCUGCGAUUCCUCAGUUUCCGAUUAGACUUCAAUGAACACUACAAGGCCAAGGAACCAAAGCUACGAAGCCCGUCCGUACACCGCCUGUCUCGAUCUGCCGUCUCCUAGAGGCCUAUUCUAAUUUACCUUCAUAUUUAAAACUUUCAUCACACGACCUAAUAGUACAAGUGUUAGACAUUGCUAGCUUUAGCUAAAGGACACAGUCAAAUGAUAUUAUAUGCAUGGAUUAAGUAAUCAAAUAUUGAAUGAUAAACCUUGUUGAAAUUCCAUUUUAUAUGAAUCUAGGAAUGUAAUGAAAUAUUCGAAUACACGUGUUCAUGGCUUAAAGUACAAAUUUGUGAGAGUUGUACACCAAUUUUAUCAAAAUGAUACGCAAUUAUGCAAAAAGAUAGGCUGUGAAACUGUAUGCUAUAUAGUAUGCUGUAUUUUAGGAUUAUGGACAUUUAAAUUAGAUGAAGUGAAUCUGAAAAGUGAAGGUUGCCAGUAGAAUACUUGUUGUGUGUAUAUGAUACAAUAUGAUGCCGAUAUAUGUACUGGUUGCCUUGGUUUUCUAAAGACUACAAUAUAGAAUCUCCAUGAUUUGUUGCUAUGUAUGAUACGUAGUUGUUUAUUUUUAUUACUAAUGUGAGGAUGAUGAAUAAAUUGUUCAUGUUUAUGCAAGAUA